ACACACACACACACACCCCACAGGAGUGCUGUAGUGAUUUUUCAAAGUUGAGCAGACUUGCUGCUGCUGCUGCACAGCGCCUCUAGGGUCGGAGGAGCAGAGCAGAGAGAGGUGGGAGCGCAGAAGCAGAGAGCAGUCAUUGUGCGUGAAGGACCAUGACAGACCGGAGCAUGUAAGAGUUAGGAGAGAAGAUGAAGCCUGUGAGCAAAAUCUUCCUCUUCAGCUAAAAACCACAAACCAAAACCCGCGACGGAAACAUGCGAUUUGACGCAGAUCUACGCGCCCGUGCUCCACUCGUGCCUUCGCAAACACCUUCAGGGAGUUCACAUGUUCCAGCGCGUCGACGAGGAGCCAAUGUUUGAGUGCAGACGACCCGGCAGAGCCCCGCGGAGUUUGGAUGUGUGUGUUUCUUAGCUUGUCAGAUGUAAGAAGACAAAAAUAAUUGAAUCAAGAUAAACAGCGACAAGUAGCACCGCGAAUGUAGUCUUCAGGGGGGAAAGCGAAACACUGAACCUGCCGGUGUCUUCCUGCGGUCUUCCUGCUGUGUGUUUCGGGGUUUUUUUUCCUCGCAGAGCUGUGGUUGAAGUGAGGGAGGAUGCAGGUGAAGAAGCACCGAGAGUCGGACCGGAGCAGCGGGGACAUGCUGGAAGGAGACGGCCUCCGUAAAAACUCCUCAUGCUUCUCCAAUAUCAAGGUGUUCUUGGUAGCGGAAUGCGCCCUCAUGUUGGCACAGGGCACCGUCGGAGCAUACCUGGUGAGCGUGCUGACCACCCUGGAGCGGCGGUUCAACCUGCAAAGUGCUGAUGUAGGGGUGAUAGCCAGCAGCUUUGAGAUAGGCAACCUGGCGCUGAUUCUGUUCGUCAGCUACUUUGGGGCCAAAGCACAUCGGCCACGUCUGAUUGGCUGCGGGGGCAUCGUCAUGGCGCUUGGCGCCCUUCUCUCAGCUCUCCCCGAGUUUCUAACAAAUCAGUAUGAAAUAGGGGAAAUGUGGAGGACUGAUGCGGGUCGGGAUGUGUGCUCCAACACCAGCAAGGAAGAAACCGAAAAUGCAGAGAAGGCCGUGUGCGCCAACAAGGCCAGCACUAACAUGAUGUACCUGCUGCUGAUCGGAGCCCAGGUCCUACUGGGGAUCGGAGCCACGCCGGUGCAGCCCCUGGGGGUGUCCUACAUCGAUGAUCAUGUGAAGAAGAAAGACUCCUCACUCUAUAUAGGAAUCCUCUUCUCUACGCUGGUGUUCGGGCCCGCCUGUGGCUUCAUCCUCGGCUCCCUCUGCACUAAGUUCUAUGUGGAUGCUAUCUUCAUCGACACUAGUAAGCUCAACAUCACUCCAGACGACCCGCGAUGGAUCGGGGCCUGGUGGGCAGGCUUCCUGCUGUGUGGUGCCUUACUCUUUUCUUCGGCUCUCUUGAUGUUUGGCUUCCCUCAGUCACUGCCCAACAAGGAGAGAGAGGAGGGAGCAGACAGUGAGCAAGUUAUGCUUCCUCCAUCUAUGACUGCAGACUAUGAGACUCCAAAGCCCAGCAAUGGGGUUGCACACAACCAUGAGCCUGCCAACAGCCCCACCUGCUGUCAGCAACUCAGGGUGAUCCCAAAGGUGACCAAGCACCUCUUGUCAAACCCAGUGUUCACCUGCAUCAUCCUGGCAGCCUGUAUGGAGAUCGCUGUGGUGGCUGGCUUUGCAGCCUUUCUGGGGAAGUAUCUCGAGCAGCAGUUCAACCUCACCACCACCUCAGCAAACCAGCUACUAGGUAUGACAGCCAUUCCAUGUGCAUGUCUGGGGAUCUUCAUGGGCGGUUUGCUGGUAAAGAAGCUGAACCUGUCGGCACUGGGAGCCAUUCGAAUGGCCAUGCUGGUCAACCUGAUCUCCACUGCCUGCUAUGUCUCCUUCCUGUUUCUGGGUUGUGACACGGGUCCCGUUGCAGGAGUGACGGUCGCAUACAGCAACAGGACGCUGCAGGUGGGCAAGAAACCAGAAGCUCAGUGCAUCAGUCAGUGCAACUGCUUCACCUCCUCCAUCAGCCCCGUGUGCGGCUCCAACGGUGUCACCUACCUGUCUGCCUGCUUCGCCGGCUGCACCCGAGCAGGGAGAACGCUUACCUCGUCGAGCAUCUCUCAGAACCUGACGGGGUGCUCUUGUAUAUCUGCUGAGAGUGAAUUUGCCACGGCGGUUCCAGGAAAAUGUCCAACCCCGGGCUGCCAGGAGGCUUUCCUCAUCUUCCUGUGUGUGAUCUGCGCCUGCAGCCUGGUUGGAGCCAUGGCUCAGACUCCCUCUGUUAUCAUACUAAUCAGGACCGUGAGCCCUGAGCUGAAAUCAUACGCACUUGGAGUGUUGUUUCUUUUGCUCAGACUCCUCGGAUUCAUCCCCCCUCCUCUGAUCUUUGGUGCUGCGAUUGACUCUACUUGCCUUUUCUGGAGUUCGGACUGCGACGAUAAAGGUGCUUGCCUGCUGUAUGACAAUGUAGCUUACAGGCACCUUUAUGUGAGCCUGGCCAUCAUUCUCAAGGGCAUCGCCUUCCUCCUCUACACCACCACAUGGUAUUGCUUACACAGGAACUACAAGAAGUACAUCAAAAGUCACGAGUGCCACAUGACGCCAACCGAGUUUUACCCCUCUCUCACAGACGGCCCCAAACUAGUGGACAGGACAAAGUUUAUAUAUAGCCUAGAGGAACAUGAGUUUUGUGAAAAUAUGGAGUCAGUUUUAUAGUUUAUAAAGCAAGAAAAGGACAAUACAGAACAUUCUUAUUCUCUCAAAGGAACAUUUUAUGAUUUUAUUCUUCUUUUCUCGAGAGGUUAAGAUAAAAAUGUUUUUUGAUAAAGGCGAUGUAUUUAAUGGCCCCGUUCAGGUCACAGGAGCCGUCGCUCUGCACUCCACGUCCUCGAUAAACUUUUGAAAGGGUCCAUUUUAGUCGUAUGAGCGAGGUGUUUUCCAGUGUUGCUGGCGAAUUCCUGCAAUGAUUUGGUGGUAGGAGACAACUUACAGCUCAGUCCUAGUUGAUUAUUAGUGAGUGGACACGAUGCUACUUCAAGUAUAGUUGCCAUAUUCUUUUAGGUCUGUCAUGAUUCCAGUGACGUGUGUGUGUGCGCGUGUGAAAAAUGACAGUUUCCUUACAGUCAGUGCACUGUGUGUUCUGUCUGUCUCU